UACCGACGUGUUUCGCCCGUUUCUCCGCUACUAGCUGGUUGACCCCGGGGAACUGCUAAACACCGUUUGAAGUAUGAUGUUUUCAUCCUGAGACGGAGAUGAUGAUCUCUGUUGUAUUAAGAAGCAGCCUUUCAGCCCAGAAGGCGUGGCAUUGGGCAGGUCCUUCACAGAGAUGCUGGACAUCAGCCCUGAGCUCAAGGCUGCUGUUCUCAGAAAGGGACGACGGACGAGUCGGACCUCCUGCUCGCCUCAGUUCCAUGAGCGCAGAGGUCUUCCAGAGGAACCGGAUGAGUGCGGCUCCGUUUUUAGUGAGGAAUCAACAUUUCCACUCCUCUGCUGUGAGGCUGAAGAAGCGACCGCAACUUGAAGCUCCCAGAGAGCUGCAUCUGUUGCGCUACGACAUGAAGGACUUGUGGAAAAGUCCCAAACCGGCUCUGUACCUCGGGUUUGCAGGACUAAUCCCCUUCAUUGCCCCCACGCUGCUCAUGGCUGUGACGGAGAGCUACUUCCCAGAGUUGGCCUACGCUCAGUUAGCUUACGCCGCCUCGAUCGUUUCCUUCCUGGGUGGAGCUCGCUGGGGAUUUGCUCUUCCUGAGAGCAGCCCAGCCAAACCCGACUGGAUCAAUCUGGCCAACAGUGUGGUUCCCCCCCUGUUAGCCUGGGUGGCUAUGCUGAUGAGCGACAACAUUGUUCCCGCAGCCACCAUGGUUAUUAUGGGACUAGGAAUCUCGCUGCAUUACGAUCUGUCUCUGCUGCCCACUUACCCCAGCUGGUUCAAAGCCCUUCGCUCCAUCCUGACCGCCGUGGCAUUUUUUUCUCUCAUUGGUACGCUCAUAAUUAAUGGAAUAUACCCAGAAAAAAAGCUGUUGUCAGAUUAAAUAGUAUGUAUAUAAAAUGAUAAAGCCACAAUGUUUUUAUGUUGGUGAUCUUAUUUCUUGGUAUUGGACGUUUCCUCCUCUCUUCUGUCUCAAUCACAGGUCUGUCUGGUGAUAAUCUGAACAGGAAGCAAUAACAUAAUCCUGUCCCCAGACGGCUGUACAGCACGUUUCCUCAUCGGGGCCUCGCUUUGAAGCCUCUGUGUAGAAGUUGUCUGUUAGUCCAUCAUGAAAUUGUUUUUGGUCAGUUAUUUGACACAAACACGCGGAGUUGCCAGAAUCAGAAUUAUGAAUGCCACACUUUAGAAGACCUGACAAAAAUGAGGAAGUUCUUGCUCAAUGAAUAUCAAAUAAAUGCAUUUCUCAUCAACAUAAGUACUUUGGACACUUACAUUGGUGAUUAUUCAGAAAUCAAAAUCAUUAUCAAAAAGUAUGUUUCAAAUUACUAAACAGGAACUGAGCAGGUGAAGAGCAAUUUUCUUUCAGUCCGUCCUUUUUAGUUUAAUGCUACAAAUUAGCGGAGCCACGUUGUCCUUUUACACGGCCGGGAUCAGACGGAUAAAGUCAGGAAGUAAAGUGGAGUAAUCUGUGCUUAAAGCCUCGGGUCAAAUGCAGACCAUCACAUUACACAACACACAAGGCUCCAGUGAACUCUUGUACUCCGUUCAGAAUACAUCUGGGUUUGCAGUACAAGUUUUCAGAUUGAACAACUUUUGAGAUCACAACCGAUUCAUUACUUGCCUCGAUAUGUUGGACCAAACAUUCAUGACGGAGAUCGAAGGUAUUCAGUCAAAUGCAAACAUUACAUUUCAAUCACUGUAAGCUGAAAACAAAUGCACUAAAAACGUCUCACUUUUGUAUUCAAAUGUCUUUAUUACUGUAAACACCAGCAUCUAAUGAACCAAGUAUUGGAUAGAAAGGCAAAUAGAGGGUGAGGUCCAUAGAUAAGGCACAUGAGUCCCAUUCACCAGACUUCAACAAAUAGACACACCUGUCUCAAACAUACCAGAACGUCAACCACCAAAGUAUUGCACUUUAAAAGUUUCCUCAGAUUUCUUGGUGAAACAGCUCCCCACUCGCACAAUAUCACACAAUAUUUUGAGAAACCGUAAACAAAGCUGAACGAGUGUUUGUGAGGGAAUGGAAGAUGUCGAUUUUAGAUGUAAAGAAAGCAAAACAAGUAUGGAACUUAGAGGAACAUGUGACAUAACAGGACCCAUACUUAAAAUAAACAUUUUGACCCAAAUCAACAAUUAAACAACACAAAACAGAAUGUUUUGAAAUCAGAAUGAACCUCUCUAAGUGUUUUUUGGUUUUUCAGAUUCUUAAUAUCUACUUCUUUGGUUGAUUAAAGUGAAAGUCGGUCGAUCCAAACUGGGCCCCAAGACUGAUAGUGCAGAACUGUGGGUGCAACACAAUUUACACAAAGUCUUACAAAUCAU